AUGCGGGUGCGGGUUAUCGGGCACGGCCCGAACGUGCAACGGGGCGGGGCGCUGGGCGCGCACGGCGCACGCCGGCGCCGGCGGCCAGGGCCAGGGGAGGCGGGGCUCCGACGAGCCACCGAAAAGCGGCGGCGGAGCAGCGCGGGCAGAGCAGAGGCGAACGGCGGAGGCGAGGCUGCGGGCGUGCGGGCGGGGUCGCCGAAGGAGGGAAGGGCCUCGGGGACGGAGUGGCCGGAGCGGGACGGCGGCGGCACAGCCCGCGGGCAGGGCGGCACGGAGAGGAGCGCGGCGGACGCGAGCCCGUCCGGAGCUCGGGCGCGGGGCGCACGGGGGAAAGGGGGGCACGCGGCGCGAAGUCGACGCGGGCGCGCGGGCGAGCGCGUCUGA